AUGGAUAAAACAUUUGCCUGCAGCUCGUACAAAUGGGGUUCUGACUGUGAGGAGACCUGUGGUCAGUGUCAUGACGGAGCUGUCUGCGAUCUGGUCAGUGGCGAAUGUCCCACGGGGAAUCCCCGCUGUGCCACAGGACACAUAGGACCUCGCUGUACACCAUGUGACCCUGGCACGUGGGGAAAUAACUGUGUACUUACCUGUAGUGAGAACUGUGUCAAGCUCACCUGUAACGUUACCACUGGUGUCUGUGAUGGAGGAUGUAAUUCUGGUUACACAGGGGGGCGCUGUGGGACAGUGAGAACUGUGUCAAGCUCACCUGUAACGUUACCACUGGUGUCUGUGAUGGAGGAUGUAAUUCUGGUUACACAGGGGGGCGUUGUGGGACAGGUAACAUACCCAGGGUCACGGGGAAAUAACUGUGUACUUACCUGUAGUGAGAACUGUGUCAAGCUCACCUGUAACGUUACUACUGGUGUCUGUGAUGGAGGAUGUAAUUCUGGUUACACAGGAGGGCGCUGUGGGACAGUGAGAACUGUGUCAAGCUCACCUGUAACGUUACUACUGGUGUAUGUGAUGGAGGAUGUAAUUCUGGUUACACAGGAGGGCGCUGUGGGACAGGUAACAUACCCAGGGUCACGGGGAAAUAACUGUGCACUUACCUGUAUUGAGAGCUGUGUCAAGCUCACCUGUAACGUUACUACUGGUGUAUGUGAUGGAGGAUGUAAUUCUGGUUACACAGGAGGGCGCUGUGGGACAGGUAACAUACCCAGGGUCACGGGGAAAUAA